GAGGAUUGGAUUUCGAUGGAGAGUAGUUCAAGAACUGGGUUGCAUGACUUCAAUUUGGCUUCAAGAAAAGCUGAAGAAGCAGCUUGGAGGCGGUUUCAAGCAGUUGCGUGGCUAGAAAGCUUAGUCGGGCCUCUUGGUAUAUCAAGGCAGCCGUCAGAGAGAGAGUUUGUUUCUUGCUUGAGAAAUGGUCUCAUUCUGUGCAAUGCCAUUAACAGGAUCAAUCCAGGCGCUAUAGUGAAGGUUGUGGAGAACAGUUCAUAUAUACCAUCAUUCAGCCGGGAAUCUCAACCACUGCCGGCCUAUCAGUACUUUGAGAAUGUAAGGAACUUUUUGGUGGCAGUCGAAGAGUUGAAGCUGCCAGCUUUUGAAGCUUCUGAUCUUGAAAGGGAUACUUUGGAUGUGGGGUCAGCAGUGAAGGUUGUAGAUUGCAUAUUAGCCCUGAAAUCAUAUCAUGAAUGGAAACAAAUGAACUGUGGAAAUAGUUUUAAUAAGCAUGCUAGGUCUCCAAUGGUUAUGCAUUCUGCCGGUAGGUCUUCACGAGCCUCAGCAGCAAUCACUCCAGACUCUUGUAGGUGCUUGGACAUGUCUGCAGCUUGUGAGAAACAACUAGCUAUGAAUGGUGGCAAUCAGAAACUUGAAGAUUCUAUUGUCAAGGUACUUGCUGAAUUUAUGGUUGGUGCGAAGGAAAACAUUAACGAGAAUCUUUUAUCUUCCUUUCGUAGAGGAAGUCAGGAUUCAUUCAAGUUAUUUAGCACAAUCCUUUCAAGUUGUUCUGAAGAACUUCAAACUAAGUUCCCUGAGCUUAAAUCAGUAUUUGAAGAAUGUUUGAAAGAAAGUAUAAGUAGCUCACAUGCCCCUCUAACACCUUCAUCUCCAAAGGAUUUGUCUACACUAGGAAAUUCUCAGAGUCACAGAGCUUGCAUGAGAACAGGUAACCGCAACCACAGGCAGUUACUGAAAAUGCAAGAAAAAGAACUUCUGGAUCUCAAGGCCUUGCUUUCAAGAACUAAGAGUGAGUUCAAAGACUUAGAAUCCCAGCUGCAGAAUGAUUUGAAAGAGCUUGAAAGUCAGGUACAGGAGAUGUCUACUGCUGCUCUCGGCUAUCACAGGGUGUUGAAUGAGAACAGGAAGUUGUACAACAUGGUUCAGGAUUUGAAAGGGAAUAUUAGAGUUUACUGCAGAAUAAGGCCUGUCUUCAGAGCUGAUACUAAAAGUACAAUAGAAUUCAUUGGAGAGGAUGGUUCUCUAGUUAUUUCAGACCCAUCAAAGUCCCAAAAGGAUGGAAAAAAGGUUUUUCAGUUUAAUCAUGUGUUUAGUCCCGCUGCUAGACAAGAUGAGGUAUUUAAGGACACUCAACCCUUAAUUAGAUCAGUAAUGGAUGGUUAUAAUGUAUGCAUUUUUGCAUAUGGUCAAACCGGAUCUGGCAAAACACAUACUAUGAGUGGUCCAUCAGGAGGAUCAACAAAGGAAAUGGGGAUCAAUUAUCUGGCUUUGAACGAUCUCUUUCAGAUAUCUAAUGAAAGGAAGGAUGUGAUAAAUUAUGACAUUCGUGUUCAAAUGGUCGAGAUUUAUAAUGAACAAGUGCGGGACCUUCUUGUCGAAGAUUCAUCAACCACCAAAUUAGAGAUUCGGAGUUGUGCUAGUGAAAAUGGGUUGAGUCUUCCAGAUGCCACAAUGCAUUAUGUGAAGUCCCCAACUGAUGUUCUUCAUCUAAUGAAAGUUGGAGACGUUAAUCGUGCUGUUAAUUCAACUGCAAUCAAUAACAGAAGUAGUCGUUCUCAUAGUAUAUUGACGGUACACGUCCAUGGUAAAGAUACAACCGGAAGCAUUCUUCGUAGUUGCCUGCAUUUGGUAGAUCUUGCAGGAAGUGAAAGAGUGGACAAAUCAGAAGUUACUGGUGACAGGCUCAAGGAGGCACAGUGUAUCAACAAGUCUCUUUCUUGUCUGGGAGAUGUAAUCAUGGCCUUGGCUCAGAAGAACUCCCACAUUCCUUACCGUAACAGCAAACUCACUCUUCUCUUGCAAGAUUCCUUAGGUGGACAUGCUAAAACUUUAAUGUUUGCUCAUGUGAGUCCGGAAGGGGAUUCUUUUGGGGAAACAGUCAGUACUUUGAAGUUCGCUCAGAGGGUUUCAACUGUUGAACUUGGUGCUGCACGAGCAAAAAAAGAGAGCAAUGAGGUUAUGCAGCUCAAAGAACAGGUCGAAAACCUUAAGAAAGCAUUGGCAAACAAGGAAGCCCAGAAACCAAUAGCAGUGACUGAACGAACUCCUCCACGUACCCGAAGACUCAGCAUUGAGAAUGGUAGCACUGUGAAGACUCAGAAAGUGAUGAAAUCUGAACACAAAAAGAGAACAAAAACCCCUCCUAUCGCAACUCGUGCACGGAGAUUAAGUUUAGAAGGUCCAAGAUAUGUUUCGAAGGAUAACAUUCAGAUCAAGUUAUCUGAUGGUGUGAGUGAUCCCAUGCCACUUGAGGCUGUGUCAAUACAAAAACAUAGUCAGUUUCAAGAUGCAGAAGCAGUUUCAAAGUCGUACGGGCAUUUCAGCAGCAAUGGUAGUUCUGUAACAGAUAUGUGUCGAACUAGGGCAACUAGAAGUCCUACUAGUUUGUCCUAUCAAAAGCGAGCAGUAAAAGCUGAUAGUAGGACACGGAUUCCUUCUCUUCAGCUACCAAAGACACCUGAGCCGCAAUCAUUUCCAAGAAAUGAGGUUCAAAUUUUGAUGCAGAGUGAACUCACUCUUUCAACAGAAUCUCGCAACAAAAAUGGGAAAGGAUCUCAAAUAAGGAAAUCCCUUCGAACAAUCGGAAAAUUCAUUAAUGGCAAUGAAAAGAGGAACCAACAGAACUUGACAGAAGCACGAUCACCCGCCACCAUGAUUGCUAGCAAAACUAGCAAUGGGAAUUCGCCACUGACAGCUAAUUCAAGGGCACACAGGAGGCAAUCACUUACUGGCAUUCAAACUCCAGGAUCCCGGAGAUCUUCUCUUGGAGGGAAACCAAUUGAAUCUUCUUGUGCAAGCGACACUAGGAAUGCAAAGACGCCGCCUCCAGUCCACCCAUCAGGGAAGACAGCAAACCGUUGGGUGUAGAUCAUUUAACUCUGAGCUUAGAAGAAGUGCAGUAGCGCUUUGACUCGAAGCAUACUGGCUUGCUGACAGUUUGAGUUUUAGAGCACAGUGCAACAGUGCAAGCACAGAAGAGAGAAGACUUGCUGACUGAUUGAGCAACAUGUUCAUGUACAUAGGAAGUAGAAUAUAGAUUCAAACUGAUCCAUAUUUCAUUUGCUCAAAGAAUGCUUUCUUAUGCCAAAUAUUUCAUAUUCUUUUUUUAAUAAAAAAAAAAAAGGCUUAGAUUUGAUUUGCCCCAGCCAGCAAAAUUCUCUUGUCGCGACAUAAUAAAGUCAGCUGUAACAAUGUGUGACUUGAAAAAGAGAAGUGAUUGUAUUACCUUUACCAGACUUUUGUAAAUUAAAAAUAAAAAAUUUCCUAAUUCAGCAAA